CGCGGGUUUAUAGUGUGUUCCAAAACUAGGGCAUCUCCCCUUCGUCAUUGCAUUUGCCGAUACCAUACCAGAAACCCACACUUAAACAAUACAAAUACACAGGUUUAUCUUCUCCAUUAGGAUUUAGCAAAACCCUAACGCAGCACAAUUGUAGAGAUUUCUUAAAGGUUGUUUCUUUGUUGGGAUCAAUGGGUAGUAAGAAAAGGAGCUCCGAUAGUGUAGAGGAAGUAACUAACCGUAAGAGUGAUGCAAUCUCUGAAAACAAAGUUUCGACUGAGCAUCUGAGGAAGAAAAUAAAAAAGGUGAAAAAGGAGGGGGAUAUAGCAAAUGAUAAUAGUAAUAACAGCUCUGAUGCUGUUAAACCAAUGGAAAGGAAGAAAAAACGGAAAGCAUUGGAUAAAGAAAAACAUCGUUCUACUUUGGAUGAAAAUGCUGAAGUAAACCCAAUAGUGGCAGGCUUGGAGGUUAAAGAAGUUGAGAGUAGAUCAGUAAACAGUUUGCCUGAGUUUCAUAUAGGGGUGUUUAAGGACUUGGGGUCUGCUGAUGUUUUGGUUAGAGAAGCUGCUGCGGAGAGAUUGGGGAUGGAGUUGCAGGAGGUUCAAAAGGCUUACAAUAUGCUAGAAAAGAAGGAAGAUGUUGAGGCUGGGUUGAAGUUGGAGGCUGAGAAAGAGGAUGGAUUGAAUAAUUGCGCACCGUCCCUAAGAUAUGCUAUACGAAGGCUUAUUCGAGGUGUUUCCUCAUCAAGAGAGUGUGCAAGACAAGGCUUUGCUUUGGGUUUGACUAUGUUAGUUGGUACAGUUCCUGAUAUUCCAUUGAGCUCGCUGCUGAAACUAAUCGUUGACUUGUUGGAAGUCUCUUCUUCUAUGAAGGGUCAGGAAAUUAAAGAUUGUCUUUUAGGUCGUUUGUUUGCUUAUGGUUCUCUUGCAAGAUCAGGAAGGUUAAUUCAAGAAAGUGUUUCUGAUGAGAAUUCUGAGCAUAUCAAGGAAUUUACUAGUGCUGCUAUAUCACUUGCCACCAAGAAGCGCUAUCUGCAGGAGCCUGCUGUCGUGAUUGUCUUGCAAUUGGUCGAGAAGUUGCCUGUUGAAGUUGUCCUGAAGCAAGUCCUUGAAGCUCCUGGUCUCCAAGAAUGGUUUGAAGGAGCAACAGAAUCCGGAAAUCCUGAUGCAUUACUUCUAGCUCUAAAGCUGAGAGAAAAAAUAUCUACCGACAACCAAAUCUUCGGGAAGCUCUUGCCUCAUCCAUAUAGUUCCAGCAUGCUGUUUUCUGCUGACCAUCUAUCCUCUCUUGCAAAUUGCUUGAAGGAGUCCACAUUUUGUCAGCCUCGAGUUCAUGGUGUCUGGUCUGUUUUGGUUAAUAUCCUUCUACCUGAUAUUGUACCACAACAUGCUGAUUUAGCAACAGGAUUGAACUCCACAAAGAAGCACAAAAAGAAUCGCAAAUCUAGCUCUUAUGAUGAAGAUAUUCAGAAAAACCUGCAAAAUUUCUGGGAGAUUAUUAUUGAAGGAUCACUUCUUCUGUCAUCACAUGAUCGGAAACACUUGGUGUUUGAUGUUAUGCUUCUUGUUCUACGAAGGCUUCCCGUUUCUUGCGUUCCUAUUGUUUUGUCUUAUAAGAUUGUCCAAUGUCUAGUGGAUAUACUUUCCACAAAGGAUUCAUGGCUGUACAAAUUUGCAGAAUAUUUUCUCAAAGAAUUGUCAGAAUGGGUCAGCCAUGAUGACGGUAGACGGGUGGCUGUUACUAUGGCUCUGCAGAAAAACAGCAAUGGGAAGUUUGAUUGCAUUACACGGACUAAAACAGUUAAAGAUCUGAUGUCUGGUUUUGAUACUGAACCUGGCUGCAUGCUUUUUAUUCAAAAUCUGAUUGAUAUGUUUCUUGAUGUGACACAUGCUUCAGAAGAACCUUCUGAUCAAAGUCAAACAACCGAUGAUAAUUCAGAAAUUGGUUCAAUUGAGGAUAAGGAUUUUGCUGGAACGCUGGGAACAUCCGAUUUUUUGAAAGGCUGGGUUGUUGACUCUAUCCCCAGUGUUCUGAAACAUUCAAAGCUUGAUAAUGAAGCAAAGUUCCGUGUUCAAAAAGAAAUCUUGAAGUUUCUGGCUGUUCAGGGUUUGUUCUCUUCAUCUCUUGGGACUGAAGUGACUUCCUUUGAACUACAAGAGAAGUUUAGAUGGCCAAAAGCAGCGACUUCAAGUUCUCUUUGCAGGAUGUGUAUUGAGCAGCUGCAGUUAUUGCUGGCUAAUGCUCAGAAAGGAGAGGGGCCUCAUGCAGUAGCAAGUGGUCUUGAGGCUAACGAUCUUGGUUCUUACUUUAUGCGAUUUCUUAGUAUUUUACGCAACAUUCCUUCAGUCGCUCUCUUUAGGUCAUUGAGCAAUGAAGAUGAGAAGGCAUUUAAGAAAUUGCAAGCAAUGGAAACCCGUCUCUCCAGAGAGGAAAGGAAUUGUGGGAUGAGUGCCGAUGCUAACAGAUUGCAUGCUUUGAGGUACUUGCUCAUUCAAUUGCUGCUUCAACUCUUACUCAGACCUGGGGAAUUCUCAGAAGCUGCCUCUGAAAUCAUUAUAUGCUGCAAGAAGUUUUUCCCUUCGCCUGAUCUCCUUGAUUCCUCGGGAGAUGAUGAACCAGAUGGAGAUGAAGCACCUGAAUUGAUGGAUGUCUUUGUCGAUACGCUGCUCUCAUUGCUCCCACAAUCAUCAGCUCCUAUGCGCUCUGCCAUUGAACAGGUUUUCAAAUACUACAGUGAUGAUGUCACGGAUAAUGGUCUACUACGGAUGCUGAAGGUUAUAAAGAAAGACCUGAAACCAGCUAGACACCAAGAGACAGACAGUGAAGAUGACGAUGAUACUGAUGAUGAUGAUCUUCUGGGUAUCGAAGAAGCAGAGGAUUCUGAUGAAGCAGAAACAGGUGAAACCGGUGAGGGUGAUGAACAGUCGGAAGACUCCGAGGGAACUGUAGGUGUGGAGGACGCUGGAAAAAGACUUCGUGAAGAUUCUGAUGAUUCUGACGGGGGAAUGGAUGAUGAAGCUAUGUUCAGAAUGGAUUCUUAUCUAGCUCAGAUUUUUAAAGAGAAGAGGAACCAAGCAGGGGGAGAAACUGCUCAUUCUCAGCUUGUGCUUUUCAAACUGCGUGUUCUUUCGUUGCUGGAGAUUUACCUUCAUGAGAAUCAAGGCAAACCACAAGUGUUGAAAGUAUUUUCAAACCUUGCCCAGGCGUUCGUUAGCCCCCAUACGACUGAGGGUAGUGAGCAGCUUGGUGACCGUAUUUGUAAAAUCAUGGAGCACAAGAUAUUCAAAGCAAAACACUACCCGAAAGGAGAAUCUGUGCAACUAUCUACGCUGGAGCCUCUGCUGGAAAAGAACUUGAAGUUAGCAUCAAAGCCUUUCAAGAAAAAGAAAUCAGCAAUCACCCCAUCAAAGAAGAAACAGGCAGCCUCCUUCCAGCGCUACAGGAAAAUCGUUAACCUGGCUCAGAACUCAACCUAUUGGAUUCUAAAGAUGGUGGAUUCUAGAAACUUCCCUGAAGCUGAAUUGGAAAAGGUGUUUGAUAUCUUCAAGGGGGCUCUGGUGGCGUAUUUUGAUGGUAAAAACUCUCAACUGAAACCCCAGUUCUUGAAAGAAAUCUUUAGGAGGUGGGCAUGGGUUGGUCAUCAUUUCUUUGGCUUCCUUGUUGAGAAAUGCAGUAGUGCAAGGUCAAAGUUUAGGCAAGUUGAAGCACUUGACCUAGUUUUGGAAACAUUGAAGCCAUUUGUUUCUGUGAAUACCGAUGGAAGCAACGCAGCCAUGGGAACUAAGAUGGUAAGUAGUCAUCUUGGUGAACUCUGCAUUCUGAUCAAGGAACUAGUGACAAAUAUGCCUGAAAAGCAAGCUAGAAGGGCCGAAGUGCGCAAGUUCUGCGGUAAAAUCUUCAACAUCCUGAGUACCCUUAAGCUAUCGACACAGUUUCUUAAAUCUUUGGAGGCAGAUGUUCAGUCGGCAUGCGAAAAACAGAUCGGUAAACCAUUUCUUGAUUUGAAAAAGCAAGAAGGGUAGUGUUUUUGACGUGUUAUUUCUUGUAUAAAUUUUUGGAAGUGUUCCAUUGAAGAUGAUCGCUGCAAACUGUGAAACUAUACUACAGCUUCAGAAAAUUUUGAUGAGCGGGUUAUGUUAGAAACUUGUUUCUGGAAUCAUUUAUCCAUACAGAACUCCUUUGUUA